AUGAAGGUCUUCCACAAGUUCCGAAAGAUUUUCAUGAGGCUCAUCGACCUCACCAUCCCUUCCUCCUCUCGCCGGAAGAAGAACGGUUGUGAGGGAGAGAGGUCUGAGCCGCCAAAGAUAUCGUGCAGUAGUUCGUACUAUUCAUCUCACGUACCCUUCAGUGAAGCUAUCGCAGACUGCAUUGAGUUCUUCAACAAGUCUUCCACUAUGUCUUGUGAUGCGGGUCAAGAACUGGUCAUGUCAGUUGACGUUCGUGACUGUUUUUACGUUUAG